CCUACGGCGACGGAGGCCCACGUCGCCCACGUCUUUGUACUUUUGCCGCUAGGCGGCACGCGGAACAGUUGGCUAUGGGACUGCGGCCAUGCGUGUUAGUUGUGCAGAUUUGUGUGGGUGUUCAGAGGUUAAAGAGCAAAGAGGUUGAAGAGGCUUGUUAGUUACAAGUUACAAAUUGGCACGAUAGAAAUGAUUACGUUAAUGCGUUGCUGUUACAAGAAAACAGCCGAAGUAAAAGUCAAAAUAUUCUGCGAGAGGUGUGGAACAAGUAAUUCUUCAAAACUGGAACCACCCAAACCAACAACACAUGACAUGAUCGGUCCACCAGACCCCAUAUCAAAUCUGCGGCCAGUUGCUUAUCAUGUACCAAGAAAUGAGCAUGAGAUUGAAAAGGAGUUCCGUGUACGUAGAGAAGAAGUUCAGAAAUGGAAUGAAACCUUUUGGACUAAACACAACAAAAGUUUCAUUAAGGAACGCAAAGAAUUUAUUGCUGCCAACCUACCACCAAAUGAAUCUGCAGGAACAGGAAAACAAACUUUGACUGCUGAUGAAAUGUCUGUAUUCUAUAAAACUUUUCUUGACAAGAAUUGGAAAGUUCAUGUGCAAUACAAUGCUGAGUGGUACUGGAAGAAUAUUGGACUAGUUAUCUUUGCUUUGAGAGUUAAAAUAUUUAAAAUCAAGCAAAGGCUCAUGUCAGAUUCACAGUAGCCAUCGGGUACAUCAUUCCGACAACUUUGUUGAAAGACCACAUCAUAGAUUGUGGCAUUGUGAGUGUCUCCUAGAGAAUAUGAGUCUAAGAAUGGUGAUGCUGCUUGUACAAUGAGCUCACAGGCUGAAUAUCCAACCCAUGAUAAUCUCAGAACAUUCUGGAGUACUGUUUAAUAAUACUGUUUUGACAAGUUGUGAUCAAGUCAAGGUUUCAGAUAAACAACGUGGAACAGUGAAUAUUUCACAGAG